GCAUGGCUUCCUUCCACUGUGCCCACAUCUCCCUCUAAACAGGGAAGUGGUGAGUCUGGUACCCCUUGGGGGCAUCAGUGAUGCCAGGGAGACCAGGCAGAUACCGAGAGCACAGGAGUCCACGUGAUGGCCAGUAAGGGGGACUGUUCUGUCAUUCUGUUGCAGCUGCAGAAGCUGAAACGGUCGCUUUCUUUCAAGACCAAAAGUUUACGGAGUAAAAGUGCCGACAACUUCUUCCAAGGGACGGGCAGUGACGGAAAGCUGCCGGCAGACGCACUGCCCGAGAUCCCCUCGAGCCGCGGCAGCCAGCCCCACUUUGGCACUGGGAGCCUGAGCGCCACACCCACCAGAGGGCGGCUGCAGCCCCCGGCCCACGGCGGGGUCCACGCCUUCCAGGAGCACAUCUUCAAGAAGCCCACCUUCUGUGAUGCCUGCAGCCACAUGAUAGUAGGGGGCAACACCAAGCAGGGUCUGCGCUGCAAAGCAUGCAAAAUGAGCCUCCACCACAAAUGUGCAGACAGCCUUGGACCCCAGCACUGCGUGGGCAAACUGCCCAAGGGGUUCCGGCGCUACUAUAGCUCCCCUCUACUCAUCCAGGAGCAGUUUGGGUGCAUCAGAGAAGUCAUGCCCAUUGCCUGCGGUAACAAGGUGGACCCAGUGUAUGAGGCUCUCCGAUUCGGAACGUCCCUGGCACAGAAAACCAAGAAGGGAAGCUCAGGAAGUGGAUCCAGCUCUCCCAACCGGAACUCUAUCUCAGACCUUGGCGAGGUCCCAGAGGAAGUGCCUGGAGUAUUCUUUGAGCCAAGCAGGAGACGGAGCAACAGUGUGUUUACCUAUUCAGAAAAUGGCUCCGAUGAUGCCAGACGGGACUUGAAGAUCACAAACGGCCCAGGAUUUACCAAAGGACCUCUGCACACAGACACUGCACAGACCAGCACCUACGUUGCCUUGUACAAAUUUGUCCCACAGGAGAACGAAGACCUGGAAAUGAGGCCCGGAGAUGUGGUCACGCUCCUGGAGGACUCCAACGAAGACUGGUGGAAGGGGAAAAUUCAAGACCGAACUGGGUUUUUUCCUGCCAACUUUGUUCAGCGCGUGCAGCCAGAGGAGAAGAUUUUCAAGUGUGUCCAGACCUUCAUUGGCUGCAAAGAGCAGGGACAGAUCACUCUGAAGGAGAACCAGAUCUGUGUGGCCUCAGAAGAAGCAAGGGAUGGCUUCCUCAAGGUCUGCAGUGGCCGAAAGAAGGGCCUGGUGCCUCUGGACAUCCUAGAAAACAUCUGAUUUCUGUGCCCCACUUUGUGCAGUGAAAGCCUUGGCUGCCAAUGGCCAGCAGCCUCUUCAUGUGGACACUGUCGGUUCUGAUGACCCCCAGGGGACGAUAAGAAUGUGAAUGCACGUGGGCGCGCGCACACACACACACACACACACACACACACACCAGGCUGUUGUGCGACAAUGACAAUG